ACUCUGCGGCUGCUGGUCGCUGUCAUCAUGCAGGUGGAAUCUGCGCAAUAUUAGCGUAGGGAGAACCAAAGACUAUUUUUAUUAUUAUUAGUUAUUAUUAUUAUCUGCUUCAACUUGGCGAUCACAUGUUUGCUAAAAUAUACGGGCUUCAGCUGGUUGACGGUUGAUGCAGCUGAACUUGUAAUAUGUCUCUAGGUUGUUCUGUGAGAACGUUUCAUUACAGCUGUGCUGAUGCUGCCAGCUGUUGUUGUCGUCCUGUCCUGGCGCAGUCUCACCCCGCUGGUAUCGCACAGGAUGCCGGUCGACCCUUCGGGAAGUGACUCUCGCAGUUUGCAAGGAAACGAUUUCCAAGAAACGAAAAAAGACGUAAUUCUUGCGGAUUUUUUUGUUGCCCUUUAAACACACGAACGCGAUGGAUGAAGGCGCCGCCAACGAGACCAUCCCAGAUCUGAAAGACAUCGAGGGGAAAAUCGGGAGGAAGACCCCCGAAGCUUUGCUCAGGUGGAUGCGGGAAGAGGCGUCCUCUCUCCGGGGAGAGAGGACACGCGGCCCCAGCGAAGAGACCGGGAGGAAGGGUUUGGAUGAGAAGAUCAGGACACUGAAGAUGGAGAUGGUAAGAGUGCUGUCCACUUUGCGCUCGGCCGACGUGAAGAUCUUACAUCAGUUGCUGGCGGUCCACGAAGGCAUCGAGGCGGUGAAAUGGUUGCUGGAGGAGCGCAGCACUCUGACGAGCCGCUGCAGCAGCCUGACCAGCAGCCAGUACAGCCUGGGCGAGGGCCUGGACACCUGGAGAGGUUCCUGGAGCAGCCUGCAAGACCCCAACGACAAGCUGGAUAACAUCUCCAUCGGCAGCUACCUGGACACCCUGGCGGAUGACAUGGAUGAGUACUGCCCCUCCAGCUCGGAGUCCGUCGUCUGCUCCACCGCGCCGCUUCCAGAGGCGCCCGCCGGAGGCCGGACGGGGGGAGGCCCUGGGGGCACAGCUGGAGGGGGCGCUGGGGUCGGGAUGAGGCCUGCUUUGGGGGCUGGGAGUGGGAUUUGGGCUGGACAAAAUGAAAACGGAACUGGGGUUGGGAAUGGGGUGAAGGGGAGAGGGGGGGCUGGGGUCACGGCUGUCUCAGGCGACGCUGUGACGGGAAAUGGAAAACCGGCGGCUGCUGUCAGCUCUCUCCAGGCCAAGUCUGAGGGCCCCAAGCAAGACAUCUGGACAAAGCCUUCGGGGAGCGGUAAAGGAAGCCCCGUUUUCAAGGACAAAACACGGGCAAAAGUUGUUAAAGCCAAUGGUAUCCAGGGGAAGACGGUCACACGAUCGGGCAGCCCGACGCGGAGCAUCGGCGAGAAACGGGAAAGCGGUCAGAGCCCCAAACUCAAGACUUACAAAAAUGGAACGAUUGACCUCGAUACUUGCAAAAUGAACGGAAAAAUGCACCUGGAGUACGACGCACACUGGCGGUGGGUGCAGUCGCAAGAAGAUGUGACAUUUUUGUGAGAAGGAUGAUAAGAGAGGAGACUCAAGCGAGUAUUGAACAACGCCUCUGUCGCAUCAAAGACCAGAUCAAUGAGGGACGGAAAAAAUGAGGACUGAACUGCUGUUGUGAAAUAGUGAGACUCUCCUUGUUGAAGGACACUGGGUUUAACUCACAAGGAAUCACAUGUUUUGUCCUGUCGUUUCUUGCUGUGACUGCACUAACUUAUUUACUUACUAUAAAACAUUGAUGUCAGUAUUAAGAUGGAUGCAAACUUUUGCCAAAUUUAGCCAGAUUUGGUUAAGCUUAGUUAAAAAGCCCUUUUCAUUGGUUUUCUUUUUGUUCCCGGAUUUCUUUUCUUUUUUAAAGCACAGUAAGAGAGAUGUAACACGAUAUACGUUUGCUUUACGUUAACUUACACCCAAGCUAUGAUUCAAACCCAGGGAUAAAUCAAAGAAUAUUGCCCCGGGAUAUUGUUGAUAACUAACUUAUCCUGCAGUGAACCUUUAUCCCCACUUCUGACUGCAACCCAUAGAGUUGGUGGUGCUGCAUUUAAGUUAGUGAGAGACCAAAGUGUCACCGCAUCAGCACAUCAUGUUUGAGUCACAAAUUGAAUGUAUGGUACCGACUCUUUGUCUUAGACAAUAUAACUGAAGAAAUCUUGAUGGUUGUAGACAGUGUUACUUGAUCAAAUAUUAACAAAAUAUAAAUAUAAAUCACAUUUUGAUAAUAACAUGUGAAUCGUGUUUCCCCCAAACUUGUAGACAAAGACUAGCGGAUAUUACAAGAUAUACCGCAACUACGGUUAGUAAAGGUUUCUCUCAUUGAGAAAUGAUAUGACCUCCUAGCAUCUGUGUCUGUGUGGAGCCAGUUACCUCCAGUGCUUAACCAACCAUCGUAUAUUCACUAUACAGACAACAUUUUUGUCCUUCUUUCAACUGUCACGGUACGUUUUCCUGAUGUUGUUCAGAUGUUGUGCCUGAUUGCUGUGAACCUUAAGUACAUAUGCCUGUACGUCUCUUCUCAGAUGACUGCACUGCUGUUAUGAUAAUCUCAGUUUUUGCCUCCUCCCUUUUGCUUGCAUCAUUUAGAAAUAGACCAACCCGUCUAUGUGAGUGUUGGCUGGUAAAUGUAUUAGCUGGGUGUAUGUUGCAUGCUCUUUGCUGAGAGAUGUAUUGGUUAAAUUAUGAGAAAAGCUUGGAACAAUCAGAGAAAAAAAUGAAACGCUCCUUGAAUCCUUUACUCUUCUUAGCAAAUCUGAUAUUAUUGGAUAUUCAUGAGUUUCCACAACUAAUGACAGGGAAUAUUUUUCUCUCAGAGAGAGAGAGGGGGACACAUUAGUCGACUUCCUGCCUCAGUGCAGCCGGCCUGUCAGAGAAUGGAAGAGUCCCAAAGGUUUUAAAGCGUUUUCUGCCGCAUCACUACAGCGUUACGGCCUCUCCAGUUAGUCAUGUUAAUACUGCGAGGAUAAAGCAACACAUCAGAUGAAUGGAAGGGAGCAUACUACACAAUAGUUGCAUAACCUUUUAUGCAACACUACCCGAUAUCUUGUUAUAAGAAAACCUGGUAAAAAGUGUGGCUUAACUUAUUUGACCUUCUGUAAAAGCUUAUAUUUAAUCAAUCACAUGGUAUCAGAUGCACAUCAGAACCCCUUCCUAGGCAUUAUGGUUCACAACUUUUCAAUACAGUGAAGAUUAAAUACCAAAAAACAAUUCAGUUUUUGAUACAUUUAGUACAUAUUAAAGUCAGUACCAUAAAAGGAAAUGUGUUGGGUCCUAAAAGUUCUGGGCAUAGUUUUUUAUACAUUUCAUGCACUGUAAAAAAUAUACAUAAUAUAUUUUUUAUUUAUUUUUAACCACUCAAGCGACGUUUGAUAUGCCCCAUGCCUGUAACACUUUUUGUUCUUGCAAACAUGCAGUUGAUAGUCUGAAUGUUGCAGAUGUAAUAUUGAAAGUAUAAUCUGACUGUAUAUGAUAUUGUGCUCAAAUGAGAUGCAUGUUGCAGACAAAGUGUUUUCAUCCUCACCAGUUGAGGAUCCAUGCGCAGAAGAAGACAGGGAAAUGAAAGAGCAGGAUUGUUGUUGACCUUUGCACAAACAAGGACUGACAUGCUAGUGCUAGUGGUAAAUAGGGCUUUUUCCCAUGCAUACCCCUCAGCAUAUAACCUAAUGAUAUGCAAACCCUUUGCCUUUGAAGUGUGACCCUACUGUGAACUAGUUGGCUCAAUUGUUGCCUCGUCCUGACUCAUUCACUUCAUGCAAGACCUAACUGCUUGCAUUCACAUACAAUACUUGUAAUGACAUUUUGACUUUAAGGUCAAAUAAAGCCGGUUCAUCUUUGAACCGGCCGGAACCAACUGUACAGACUGUUUACAGGCAGCUACAGUGAGAUGUUAAACUCAGAAUCUCUAUUUGUUUGAGCCAAUUCCUCUCUCCUCCUCCUCCCUUUCUUUUCAUUCUAUUUUCCACCACACUGGUCCGACGGAAAAGCUCAGCCUGUGCCAACACACACAUCAUGCACGCACAAUGCCGUCUCGCUUUGAGGCAGCACCAUGAAGCCGGCACCUCGGAAACAGGAACCGCAGGCUGACCCUAAAGACAGGAAGGGAAAACUGUGGCUCAAACUGGACCCUGAACUCCUCAGCAAGUUGGAACAUUGUAAAGAUCAUGUUAUUUACAUUUCAAUGCUUUUAAUGCCAAAAGAACAGCAUGUAUCUAUUGCUGGACGCCUAUUUCAAUCAUUGUAUAUCAUCUAGCCACAGCAGAAAUGAGGUCAUUUGAACCUCCUUCCCUUUUUAAACAUAUGCGUUGGCUGUAACGCAGCAUGGCAUGCCAAAAAGACUGUCUGCUCGGCUAGUUUGGGUUUUAUUUCCAAAUUUGCAGAGCCAUAUGGUGAAACAAAAAUGUAAUGCCAGGAACAAACCUGCAGUUUAUAGUGUGUCUCUUUGAAGCUAUGCACUAGCCAGAGGUUUCAUUUGUUUCCGUUGGACAUUAAUUAAAGGCAUUAAUUAAAACAAGAUUUAAUGAGUACUGACAGUCUAGGUGCCAGCAUGAAUCCCUUGCAGCCAGAUUGUUUCUGAAAAGGGGAAAAUAGCUGCAUUGUGUGUACAUGGAUGAGAACGGAAGUGUUACUUCCGUUCUCAUCCAUGCUGGUGAAAAACACCUUUUAUUUUAGUUUCAUGUAAAUGUAAAGAUGUAUCAGAUGCCCAAUGCGUGGUGUGUUUGCCUUGGCUUCAGGUGCCAGGCACCCUCCAGCUAUUCUGGGCAGCAAGACAAACAGCGUGAUUACAUAGAAGAGUGGAUAUCCACAAGGUUGCCAUGACAAUGAGAGCGAGCGGGCUUCAGUUCGAGUGGAAACAACGUUCUAGCGGCGUUCUAGCGGUACUAAAGUGAGAUGAAAGAGAUGAGAUAACUGCCUUUUUAACACGUGGGUCUGAAUAAUGAGGUAAUUAUGCUGUUCAUAUGGGAUUUGAGAUCUGACUACUUUGAAGUAGUGUGUACGUUUUGUGAUUAAUGAUUCGUUUAGUAAUAUCUUAUAGAUAUUGAGUUGCAUUAUGAACAAAUUAUAUGGAAAAAUAUGUAUUACUUCUUCCUGAUUCCUCCGACAUCUCUUGAAAAUAUGUUUAAUCUCAGCAAUGCAAAGCAAUUCAGUAAGUUAGCAAAAGAUUCUUCUUUUCCAUUGCAGCACAGCAACAUGCACAGUAACUCCCUACGAAGCAAAUUUGCUUCUCACAUUCCCCACUGCUCUGUUCUGCAUCAGCACUCAGCUCUGCCACUCUUUCUAUUAGUCUUGGACAUUUUUUAGAGAAGCUUCAGUAAAAGAAAGACUUUCCGUGUUAUAUGCACAAGCACGAUUGAUCCCGGGACUGACGUGAGUCUCUUGGUACCUGACAACUCCUUAAAGAGGCACCAUUGAGCAUUUCCUUUCCUUGAAUCUUAUCCAUCCUUUUUUUCCACAUCCUGACUGCUCAAAAAAAUGGUGAAUGAAAAAACCCCCACUGAGUGCACACUGGGCUUUGAACUGGGUCAAAAACUUUGCUUAAGCCACACAAAGCUUGGAGGAUUGAAAGAUAAAAGCCAGAGAGACUAACUGCUGUUUGCUGGAUCAGUCUAAUCAAUAUCUUGCUUUUGCUUAAGUGAUUGGAACGUCUUUUAUUCCCAUGAUGAAUAUUUUAUUAUGCACUGUAUCCAGAGAAUUCUUUUUUUGUGAUUUAUAAAUAUCUGAUUAUGUUAAUUAACAUGGGUAAUUAUAUUAUGCAGUAUGUAAAUGAUAUGAGCUUAUCCGAUAAUUAAAGAUAUUUAAUGUUU